CACCGUUUAGCACCUGAAAGACACCCGAUCUGCAAACCAUUGGCACUCUGGGCUGUUGUAGUUAAAAUUGCGCGACCCCCAAUAGCCCAUAGGAGCAGGCUACUGACCCGCAAACGAGGCGGUGCACACACAAGAAAACGUUUUUCAAACUUUGUAAAACAAGCAGCUCUGGUCGGUCCGUGAGCCCCUGCGUCUGAAUAGCCUCGUUGCUGCCGCAAUGGCCCCUGACGUGUGCAUCGUUUGGGCAUCAUUGGCUGGGCCUGUGCUGAUUGGCAUGAGACCAGCCAGAGCUGUAACAUAAGCCCGUGUGUUUGAAGCGUAUCGCUAGGCCCUUGCCUGGUGCUGUGACCAUCGCCGGGAUUGCCUAUGGAGUCAUGGCUAUGCCCAAAACGGCCCGCAUCUUACGAUAGGACAACCUAAAAGGGGCCCGCGCACCGUUGCUUUGGCUGACCGCAGGAAUUUGCUGUACAAUAUAUACAUGUGCAUUCUCUAGUGUCUACAUACCCUUCCUGUUGACAGGAAACCUUCCGGCCACCAUUGCUAUCGUUGCACCCUGCGGUUUCGUAUAUAGACCGCCUACAUUGCGCGUUUGUCGCCUCGUGCCGACACACACUAUAACCCACUAUGCCCCUCCGCUCAAAUACGUUACCUACACCUCUGCCAGUGUCCCGCAGCAGCAGCCAGAACCCGUUCAAAGAAGAAGCCGUCGAAAUGACUAGCAGUGUCAAAUCCCUCGAUGGCGAGACCCAGCCGCCGUCUGCCCAUGAUCACCACGGUGAAGUUGACAGCUACUUUACUGGACCCCGCGAUCUGUCCCACCACUCAAGAUGGCCGACAUUCCUUCGCAUCCACGGUAGUGUCUUGCCGAGGAUGGUUCUUCCCAUCGCCUUUGUGGCGGCUUGGUCUACGGCUAUUACAGCUGUCGCCGUUCUGGUGCAUGAUAUUGGUAUCAAUCAUGUCCUCCUAACCGUCAUGGGUUUCGUCGUUGGUCUUUCCCUCUCUUUCCGCAGCUCAACCGCCUAUGAACGUUACAACGACGGCCGCAAGUACUGGGCUCAGCUUAACCAGGUUACGCAAAACCUAGCCAGACUUGUCUGGAUUCACGCCGACGAGCGAAAGGAGGUCGCAACGGAAGACUUGCUGGCUAAGGUGACGUUUUGCAACAUGCUGGCUGCCUUUGCUGUGGCAUUGAAGCACCGCCUUCGUUUCGAGCCGUUUACACAUUACGAGGAUCUUGAGCCUCGUCUGCGCCACUUGCCUAUUCUUGCUAAGGAUGCCGUACGCCGCGACUGGACAGACCCCUCGCCCUGGAAGAUUGCCGGCCUCGUUUUGGGUCUGCCCAUGGCCGAAUCAAACCCGCGAAAGCUUGUCAAGAACCCACGAAAGCCCUUGGGCAAUGUACCACUGGAGAUCCUGGCGUCUUGCUCGGCUUACAUUAAAACCAUUAUUGAUAAUGGUACCUUCAAAGCCCCCUCAUAUCAGACUCAGUCUAUGGCUCUUAUUGCGUCGUUGCAUGAUAUUCUCACUGGCACUGACCGUGUUCUUAACACCCCGCUUCCGAUUGCGUACUCUAUUGCCAUCUCCCAGAUUACAUGGGUGUACAUCUUGGUUCUUCCCUUUCAGCUGACCGACUACCUGAGCUGGGCGACUAUCCCCGCGACUGUCUUUGCCGCCUACAUCAUCCUAGGCAUUUCUAUCAUUGGUGCUGAGAUCGAGAACCCCUUUGGUGAAGAUGUCAAUGAUCUGCCUUUGGACAGCUUCUGUGAACAGAUCAGACAAGAUAUUGAUCUUAUCCUUUCCCAGGCUCCCAACGCAGCACAAAAGUUCAUCGAGAAUGACAGCAACGCGUUGCUGUAUCCGCUUAGCAACCUUGGCUUCAAUGCUCUUAAGGGUAAAAGCACAGAUGAAAUUCGCCAGAUGCUGCGCUCGAAGCCAGAAAUGACUUUCAAAAUCGCUGAAGAAUGACACAGCAAAGUGUUCAUGUAAACUAAUUCUAAAAUCAUUGGCGCGCAGAUAGAGAUAUAGACGAACAUAGAGCUUUUUAGACGGUAAUAUUUAUAAUUAUUAUGUACAAUUGU